GCACUCGUACUCCCUCCUCCGCUCCGGCUAGGAGGCUGCUCCCUCCGCCGCUCCGCCUUCGUCGCGCGGCCAUCGUUUCCGGCUCUGUCCCCGGAUAUCUCUUCGCCACCGCUUCCUGCGCCGCGGCGCCGCCACAACCGAAGGCGACCCAGUCGCCUUCAACACUAUGGUGACUCCUCCCACUGUCGAGCAGGAGGACGAGGAGAUGCUCGUGCCCCGCCAGGAGGCGGUCGACACCGACGCAGCGCAGCCCAUGGAAGGUACUGUGGUGGCACAGACUGAGGUGGUGAGCACGGCGGAGAGCCAGCCUGUGGAAGAUCCGCAGACAUCACGGUUCACUUGGACAAUUGAGAACUUCACCAGGUUCAGUGAGAAGAAGCACUAUUUAGAGGUUUUUGUUGUUGGCGGAUUCAAAUGGAGUGUGCUGAUUUUCCCCAAGGGGAACAAUGUGGACCACUUCUCAAUGUACUUGGAUGUUGCUGACUCAACCAGCCUUCCGUAUGGUUGGAGCCGCUAUGCUCAGUUUAGUCUUGCUGUUGUAAACCAAAUCCAGCCAGAGUUUACGAUACGCAAAGAGACCCAACAUCAAUUUAAUGCUCGUGAGAGUGAUUGGGGUUUCACAUCUUUUAUGCCUUUGAGUGAGCUCUAUGAUGCAAGUAGAGGUUACCUCGUGAAUGAUACUGUUGUUGUGGAGGCCGAGGUUGCUGUCCGCAGAAUUGUUGACUAUUGGACAUAUGACUCAAAAAAGGAAACUGGUUAUGUGGGCCUGAAAAACCAAGGAGCUACCUGUUAUAUGAACUCCCUUCUACAGACACUAUACCAUAUACCCUACUUCAGGAAGGCUGUAUAUCAUAUGCCAACCACUGAAAAUGACAUACCAUCAGGAAGCAUUCCCUUGGCGCUGCAGAGCCUUUUCUACAAGCUCCAGUACAGUGACAGUAGUGUAGCUACAAAAGAGCUGACAAAAUCUUUUGGUUGGGACACAUAUGAUUCUUUCAUGCAGCAUGAUGUACAAGAGCUCAACAGAGUUCUGUCUGAGAAACUUGAGGACAAAAUGAAGGGAACUGUCGUAGAAGGAACAAUUGAGCAAUUAUUUGAAGGUCACCACAUCAAUUACAUUGAGUGUAUAAACGUUGAGCAUAAAUCUAACCGCAAGGAAUCCUUUUAUGAUCUUCAGCUUGACGUCAAAGGCUGUCGUGACAUUUAUUCGUCGUUUGAUAAAUAUGUUGAAGUUGAACGUCUAGAGGGUGAUAACAAGUAUCACGCAGAGAAUCAUGGUCUACAGGAUGCAAAAAAGGGCGUUCUUUUCCUUGAUUUCCCCCCUGUUUUGCAACUCCAGCUGAAGCGCUUUGAGUAUGAUUAUAUGAGAGAUAGCAUGGUUAAGAUUAAUGAUCGCUAUGAGUUCCCUCUGCAACUUGAUCUGGAUAGAGAUGGUGGCAAAUACAUUGCUCCAAAUGCAGAUCGAAGUACACGAAACCUUUACACUCUUCACAGUGUUCUUGUUCAUAGUGGUGGGGUACAUGGUGGUCACUACUAUGCAUUCAUACGGCCAACUUUAUCUGAGCAAUGGUAUAAAUUUGAUGAUGAACGUGUAACAAAAGAAGAUGCUAAGAAGGCUCUUGAAGAACAAUAUGGGGGUGAUGAAGAGUUACCCCAAAUAAACCCUGGUUUCAACAACGCUCCAUUUAAAUUCACGAAGUAUUCAAACGCGUAUAUGCUUGUUUAUAUUCGUGAAAGUGCCAAGGAGAAAAUUAUGUGUACUGUUGAUGAAAAAGACAUUGCUGAGCAUUUAAGGGUAAGGUUGAAAAAAGAACAAGAAGAGAAAGAACACAAAAAGAAAGAAAAAGCUGAAGCUCAUCUUUAUACCAUAAUUAAGGUAGCUCGAGAUGAGGAUUUGAAGGAACAAAUUGGAAAGGGUAUAUAUUUUGAUUUGGUGGACCAUGAAAAGGUCCAUAAUUUCCGUAUACAGAAACAAAUGCCUUUUAGUUGUUUCAAGGAGGAAGUAGCCAAGGAAUAUGGCAUCCCUGUUCAGUUUCAGCGCUUCUGGUUGUGGGCAAAGAGGCAAAACCAUACAUACCGCCCUAAUCGUCCAUUGACCGUUCAUGAGGAAACACAAUCUGUGGGGCAACUGAGAGAAAUAUCAAAUAAGGCACACAAUGUUGAGUUGAAGCUGUUUUUGGAAGUAGAACUUGGGCUGGAUUUGCGGCCUCUCCCUCCUCCUGAGAAGGGCAAGGAAGAUAUUCUUCUUUUCUUCAAAUUCUACAACCCAGAAAAGGAAGAACUCUGUUUCAUGGGGAGGCUCUUUGUGAAGGCCUUGGGAAAACCUUCAGAAAUCCUGGCAAAACUAAACGAAAUGGCUGGAUUUCCCCCUGAUCAAGAAAUUGAGCUUUUUGAGGAAAUUAAGUUUGAGCCAAACGUGAUGUGUGAAACUAUAGACAAGAAACUCACUUUUCAUUAUAGUCAGCUUGAAGAUGGGGACAUUAUUUGUUUCCAAAAAUCACCAGGAGCAGAAUAUGAUGCACCCGUGCGAUAUCCGGAUGUUCCUUCAUUUUUGGAGUAUGUCCAUAAUAGGCAGGUUGUACAUUUCCGGUCUUUGGAGAAACCAAAGGAUGAUGAUUUUUCUUUGGAAUUGUCAAAGCUUCAUACCUAUGAUGAUGUUGUUGAGAGAGUUGCUCGCCAACUUGAAUUGGACGAUCCAGCGAAAAUUCGGCUUACACCCCACAAUUGCUACUCUCAGCAACCUAAACCACAGCCCGUCAAAUAUCGAGGAGUGGUGCAUCUGUCGGACAUGCUCAUCCACUACAAUCAGACGUCUGACAUCUUGUAUUAUGAAGUGUUGGAUAUACCACUGCCAGAAUUGCAGUUCCUAAAAACCCUGAAAGUUGCAUUUCACCAUCCUACGAAGGAUGAGGUUGUUAUUCAUAGCAUCAGGCUUCCAAAAAAUAGCACCAUUGCUGAUGUAAUAUAUGACUUGAAAACUAAGCACAGGAAGAUGAUGCUGGCUGUCCAAGUAAUUUAAGUGCCAACUUUUUCAAUUCUGGAGCAGAAUGGCCAUGAAUUCCCACCACCACAGUUUUGGUUCCAUAUAACCUCUAUCCUCAAUUGGGUCAAAUGAAUUGAAUCCAGUUCCAAACAAAAAGAAAUUAGCAUACUGCAACUUAAUCUUCUUUAAUUCUUCACCAGUCUAUGUUAGUUUCGUUUAGGCCGUCGUAAGGCGUCAGUUGUACCCCGGUCUAUUUUAGACCUUGUUUCUUUCUACUUUUAAUAUAAUGAUACGAAGCUCUCCUGCGUGUUCGAAAAAAGAUUAAUUCUUCACCAGGAAAAUACCUCCUGAAACAACCAUUUUCUCAUCUCUGAAAUUUCCUCAUCAUUAUGAGGAGCUUGUUGGUUGGGGACCUCAUUGUCAUUGAUCCAUGCAUCAGUGUAAUACUUAGGAUUUAGCGAGUGUGCCAAGCAAUGCAAGGAUGUGUUGCUUUUUGUCCAUCGACUCACCAAGAUCUCAUGCACAGCAGAGUAGAAGAUAGAUUCUUCAUGUUACUCUUUAAUUUCAUGACGAUAGAUCACGCUCUUCACCUUCUCUAUCAUUGUAUUGUAUCCCACAUCUCAUAUAUAAAAUGGAGUAGAUGCCACUGGCUUCAGUAGAUGCAUUUGAAGUCGCAGCCAUGGAAUCUAACAAGACCAGACAAUUAGCAGUGAGCAGAUUGAGAAGAAAGGAGGAGAUUGAGAAGCAAGAAUAAGAAGGGAAGAAAGCGGCCAAAACCCACAGACCUCGCGACCGCGGCUCCAAUCGGCAGCUGACAGGCUGAUGACCACAGGCCUCGCGGCGGCGGCUCCAAUCGGCUACUGACGGGGUGACGACGGUGGCUCCAAUCGGCGAACGACGGCGGCAGCAGCCACAGAUCGGCGGUGGCGGCUCAAAUCGGUGAACGGCUGCUGCUAGCGGCGCGCAAGUGGAGGCAUAGAGAGGCGGCUUCGAGGCAGUGGCUAUGUGAUACAGGAGCAUGUGUGUAUACGAAGCCUAGGGUUGGAACGUAUCACACAUGUAUCGGAGAGGUGUCCCAGGAGUAUCCGGCUUUUUUAUUUAUUUAAAUCCAUGGAAUUAUCCGAUACGUCUCUGAUACGUAUUCGGAAGUAUCGGUAUCCGACACCGGUACUUGAGUUUUGUGAAGUAUCCGCACAUCAUAGCCAACAACCAAGGUUGGAACACCACUUGUGUGCAAUUUGAACUUAUUUUUGGAUAAAGCGGGAAAGAAAAGGGUGACGCACAAUGACUGUUGAACCUUGGAAACUAAUGCUUUAUAUAGUAGAGAUAUGCGUGUGUUGACGCACAAUGCCCGUUGAACCUUAGAAACCAUGGAAACUGAUGCUUUAUAUUGUAGAGACAUGCGUGUGUGUUCAAGUGAAAAAGUAAAAUCUUAUUGAUUUUUUGUAUUCAGUAUCCCUAUCAAUGAUUUCAAGUUGCCUAGUCGCCUGGUCGAACCCUGGGACCGACCAGGCGACUAGUCGCGAUUAGGCGACGACUAGGGCGACUAGUCGACUCCUAGUCGGUCCCUGGUCGUCCUACACUAGUAGCUAUACUUAUAUAGGUAUAUAUAUAAAUAUACAUGUACUCAUUAUAUAAAUUAGAGACUGCAGUAGUGCAUACACUUAGUGACAAGGUUCCCGGAACGUUGGGAACGAGGAACGGGAACGAGGAACGCGGUACGUCUGUUAAAGCAACAUGGAACGUUGAGGGGUAUACAGCUGAUCGACGUUCAUUCGAUGCGUGGAACGUGUUCCCAACGAUUUAGGAACUCGGAACACCAAUAAUAUUAAUUUCAUCUA